UUAUUGCUGCAUUUGAGUCUGGUAUAGCAUUAAAAUCAACUAAAUACUUAAAAUUUGAGUCCUCUAAAACACUGUAAGAGUUAAGUGUGAACUCAUACACAAACAUGUUAUCUAUGCCUUUAUUUUCUUUGCUUUUAUUGAAGCAUCCGAUACAUUUUUUGAUAUUCUACUGACGACUUCACGAAGACAGUGGACAAGUCACAUGAUACACUACAGCAUUAUAGCUUACAUACAUAGUUACUAUUGGCGGAAUUGGAGGGGAAAGAAUUCCACUCUGCAGUGAGACAAAAGAGUGUAGAAAUAGUUAGAAGAAUUGAAGUUAAUCAAUAGUGACCCCACACUUAAUGAAUGUUGUGGAAUUCCUCUCAAAAAAAAUAAAGUUUUGGGUUUGUGUGUUUAGGCUUUUACACUUUGUUUAUUCCCAUUUAGAAUAUUACCUCGACAAUCUUUCGUAAGUAAAGAGCAACGAAAAAUUAUUACACCAGAACAUCAGUUCAAUGUAACAAGGGUAGUAUCGUGGUACGUAGGUGUAACAUAAACUCUAUGGAGAAACACUGUUGAUGAAGCAUGGGGAAAGGUCGAAAGCAGUCUAAAACUAUAAAAGUUAUAAAACAUAAAUAAAAAAAUCAAAGAAGUACCUAACAUAAACUAUGGAGAAAUACUGUUGAUGAAGCAUGGGGAAAAGUCGAAAGCAGUCUAAAACUAUAAAAGUUAUAAAAAAUCAGAGGAGGAGUGUCAAGCGCCAUGGGAGACUUCAUCGGCCCGGCUCUGCCCCUGCACUUGCGCCAGCAAGGGGCCGAGGCGGACCGGGGGGACGACAGCCCGGCGUCGCGGGUCCCCGGGCCCACGCUGCCGCCCCACCUGUCGUCCGGCAGCGGCAACAGCUCCGAGAGGACGGAGACCACCGAAUGCGGCGGGUCUAGCUCCAAUGAUAACGAUGCGGAUCUAGACAGCGAGGAGGGCGACGCGGGCCUGUACGGCCCGGCCUUGCCCCCGGGGCUCGUCGCCGGGUCCAGGGACCGGGUGCUGGGCCCCGCGCUGCCGCAGGGCUUCAGGCGGGGCGGGGGCAGCAGCAGCGGCGACGACUCCAGCAGCAGCGACGAGGAGGUGGUGGGGCCCUUGCCCCCUUCCUCGGGCGGCGGCCGCGCCCACGAGGCGCUCGAGAGGCGGGCCCGGGCGCUCAAGAGGAAGUUCGACGGCCAGGCGGACGGCGGCGAGCAGGACGGCCUGAAGCGGGAGUCCUGGAUGCUGGAGCUGCCGCCCGACCGAGCCAAGGAGUUCGGUCUCGGGCCGAGGCAGUUCCGGCGGAGGGAGGCCCAGGAAGCCGGGGACCGAUCCGUGUGGACAGACACUCCAGAAGACAAGAUAAAUAAAAAACCUUCACGGAAAGAUGAAACAGUGAGUGAGAUGCAGAAAAUAGCCAUUAAUGCUCGUGACACACAAAUGGAAAAACUGGUAGAGAAACAUGGCAAAGGCAGAGACAAAGAAAAGUCACUCUUAGAAAAACAUCAAGAUGAAUUGAAAAAGAAGAAACAGAAAACUGAUGAUGAAGGAAAGCCAAAAGAGAGAAGGCCUUUUGAUCGUAAUGUUGACUUGCAAGCUAAUCGUUUUGAUGAAGCCCAGAAGAAGUCGAUUUUCAAGAAGGCACAACUGCUAAACGACCGUUUCUCGAGAGGUGAAAGCAAGUUCUUAUAAAGGAUGUGGGUAGAAUGACGUGGUUGAAGAGUAUGCACUAUACAUAGGUAUUUAUCACAUGUGUAAAGACUUAUUAGAUUAUGUUUGUACCUAGGAUAGCGACAUCCUUGUUUACUGAAGGUAUAAUACCGAAAGAUAUAUCAUUUUUGAUUUAUUUCUUGAGACUCUGUCAUAGACUUUUUUGUGACUCUUUGUUUUUUUGUAACAGGAUAAAUACUAUAUUUUUUUUAAUUUCAAGCCAUACACAUUGAAUGUGUUUAUGACAUGUAUCUUCCAAAAUUUAACUGAAAAUAAAUUUAAUUUCA